UUCAACCUGCUCUCUCUCUCUCUAGAAACGACAAGAAUUCCGUCAAAUCCACCAAAUAAAUUUGAUAGAAUUACACUAUAUAUACACACACUCAUUUAUAUCCACCAUAUGAAUUUAACGCAACUCUUGUUUUCUCAGUAGGGUUUUCAAAAUCACCUGGGGUUGAAGCCAAACUAAGUAACAUUAGUCUAGCUAGAGGAAGAGCUAGCGGUAGAGGUAGAGCUACUGCUUAUAAAUUUAUCAAAAAAACCUGAGAAAAAAGACCUCACUUUUGCUCCAAAAACUUGCAUAAAAUUCACUCAAAUAUGGGAAGAGACGAGUACUCUCAUGGCGGUGGGAUGAAUAAGCCUGCAUGGCUUCAAGGUUUGAUGGAUGAGACUUUCUUUGGAGCUUGUGGCUUCCAUGAAAACCGCAGGAAGAAUGAGAAGAACGUGUUUUGCCUUCUUUGUUGCCUCAGUAUUUGCCCCCACUGCCUCCCCUCUCAUUGCUCUCAUCCACUCCUUCAGGUGCGACGCUAUGUUUACCACGACGUUGUCCGAUUAGGCGAUCUCGAGAAGCUCAUCGACUGCUCCUAUAUUCAGCCCUAUACAAUUAACCAUGCCAAGGUUAUAUUCCUGAAUCAGAGGCCUCAAUCCAGGUCUUGUAAGGGCUCUGCCAAUAUGUGCUUCACUUGUGAUAGGAUUCUCCAGGAAUCUUUCCAUUUCUGCUCUCUUUCUUGCAAGGUUGAUUACAUGGUGUACCAAGGGCAAGAUCUUUCAAGCAUUCUCUUCAAGAUUCAUGAAUCCGAUUUCGCAAUUUCACAAUUCGAGGGACUAAGAGUUGAUGGUUCGGAGAUUAUCGACGACGAUGGUCAAAUUACACCCGACUCCAUCCUGGAGGAUCCAUUGCAGUACCAAAAUUCUUCGUGUUCCAAUGACAACAUGGGCAGUUCGGAGAUUUCACAUGCGCCGGUUGUGGUUAAUAAGAAGAAAAAGGGUUUUCUCCCUGGUAUUGUUCUGUCCCUCAGCAACAGGAGAAAGGGAGCUCCACAGAGGGCUCCUCUUUCUUAGAUUAAUGAUGGUGGGAUUAUUAACAAUAAGAUUAUCUAUAAAUACAUAUUUUUAAUUAAUUAGGGCGCUAAUAGGGUUGACGACGGUCGUGGUUUAAUUAAUUAAUCACGUGUAAUUCUAGCACGGUUAAUAUUUACAUCGGCGGGAUUUCAUUUUCCGUUCUUCUUAUUUUCGUUUCCGAAUUCGAUCGGAGCAUUUCCGUUACUGACCUUAGGUGAAUGUAAAGAGGCUUAAGCCAAAUUGUUGGCUAGUCUCUUGAUUUCAUCAAUUUUGUACUUGGAUCAUGUAAUGGAACUUGCAAGUAUAUAUAUGUUAUUUCUCUUAAUUAAUUGUC